AUGCAGGAUGAUCCAAGGGUAUUAAUCCCUGAUCUCCUUCGUCAGUUCUACCAAAAUGGAUGGGCAACUGGAUCAGGAGGAGGAUUGAGCAUCCGUCAGGGAGACAGGAUCUACAUGGCACCUUCUGGUGUUCAGAAGGAAUUAGUGACAGCUGAUGAUCUCUUUGUCAAUGACUUGAAUGGGAAGGAUCUUCAUGUCCCUUCGCCUGAGAGGAAGCUCAAAAAGAGUCAAUGCUAUCCGCUCUUCAUGGCUGCUUAUCGAUUGAGGGAUGCAGGAGCUGUGAUUCACAGUCAUUCCAAGUGGGCUAACCUGGUCACUCUCUUCUUUCCUGCGAAGGAAUUUAAGAUUUCCCAUCAGGAAAUGCUCAAGGGGAUUUUAAAUCCAAAACUGGGGAGAAACUAUCAGUUCCAUGAGAUUCUGGUCGUCCCAGUCGUGGAAAACACGCCAGAAGAAUAUGAUCUCAAGGACCACAUAGAGGAGGCCAUGGUGCGAUACCCUGAAACUAAUGCCAUCCUUGUGCGAAGGCAUGGAUUCUAUGUGUGGGGUCCAACUUGGCAGAAGACCAAGACCAUGUGUGAAUGUUAUGACUACUUAUUCGAGUUGGCAUGCCACAUGAAGCAGCAUGGAAUGGACCCUUGUUUGACACCAGAGGAGUAUGAACUGAAGUUCCAGGCUGUGCAUAACCAGAAAACUGCCCUACAGUGACAAAUUUCAUCCUGGAAUGGUCAAAAGGAAUCUCAUUAUUCAUUGUGUGUUCAUGCUUAGUCAUUAGUAAUCCAUAUGGUAGCAACUACUAGGGGAGAUUGAAGUAAUAAGAGAGGAAAAAAUAGUUGCACUUUGACCUGUUUUUUACUAGAACAUGUCGUUUGAAACAUGAGUGUUGUUACAGUUUUUA